AUGACUGCAUCAGCGGAUGCCGACAUCAGAAGGGACCGGGCAAAAGGCGACACACAAAAGGGUGACAGGGCCUCCUCGCCAAGACAGGAUGGUACCCAGCAUUGGGGGAGUCCCCAGACAUGCCGAUUCUUGCAGGACCACUGCCAAGUUCCGCUCGAAUGGUUGCAGGUGUGGUGGGGGGGCCGGUUUAAUCAGAGUUGA